AUCUUAAUCACUUUUACUAUCUAAUUAAGUAGCUUCCUUAAAAAAGAAGCUUCUCAUUUGGGCAUUUCUCAUAAUCUUCAACACCAAACAAAAAUGGGUUUGCUUGGUUUAUUUGGGAUACUUAUGUUUGGUUUUUUGGGAUUUAUGGGAUCAAGUGAAGCUCAACUUCAAAUGGGAUUUUAUUCACAAAGUUGUCCUAAGGCAGAACAAAUUGUGGCAACCUUUGUGAACCAACAUAUCCAUAAUGCUCCUUCACUUGCUGCCACCUUUAUUAGAAUGCAUUUUCAUGAUUGUUUUGUUAGGGGUUGUGAUGCAUCCGUGCUGUUGAAUACAUCAUCAUCAGGCACUAAUCAAACGGAAAAAACUGCAAUUCCAAAUUUAACAUUGAGAGGAUUUAGUUUCAUUGACGGCGUUAAAAGCCUGUUAGAAGCAGCCUGCCCUGGUGUUGUUUCCUGUGCUGAUGUUAUUGCCUUGGUUGCCAGAGACACCAUUGUAGCCACUGGCGGUCCGACAUGGAAAGUUCCGACAGGACGAAGAGAUGGAACAGUGUCAAUAGCGUCGGAAGCAUUGAAUAACAUUCCAGCUCCGACUAGCAACUUAAGCACUCUCCAAACACUCUUUGCUAAUGUUGGACUUGACCUCAAAGACCUCGUUUUGCUAUCCGGUGCACAUACAAUUGGAAUUGCACAUUGUCCAUCAUUUUCAAGCCGGCUAUACAAUUUCAGUGGAAUAGUAGGGAAUCAAGAUCCAGCAUUAGACAGUGAAUAUGCAGCUGAACUAAAGGCAAGAAAAUGCACAACUCCGAACGACAACACUACAAUAGUCGAAAUGGAUCCCGGAAGCCGUAAAACGUUCGAUCUCAACUAUUACUCAAAUUUACUGAAGAGGAGAGGCCUUUUCCAAUCGGAUUCCGCCUUGACUACAUCGUCUUCUACAUUGUCCGUAAUCAACCAGCUUCUCAGUGGCUCAAUUGAGAAUUUCUUUGCUGAAUUUGCUACUUCUAUGGAGAAAAUGGGACAAAUUAAUGUCAAAACUGGGACUUCUGGUGAAAUUAGGAAGCAAUGUGCAUUUGUUAAUUAAUGGUUAGAUUUUGUUGUUUAUUUUCUUGUAUUGAUUGUGUUUGUAUUUUUAUUUUUGGUUGGAGUUGAUUAUUUGGUGUAUGUGUGGUUAAGUUAUGAGUUUGUAUAACUGAGUUUCUUUACUCUUUAACUGUCAAAACAAAAGACAUUCCCUACUUGUACUAUUAUUAUUUAUUGCAUGAUUUUUUACUUCUUGUC